AUGCAGUCCUCAACGGGCAUGUUGACAAAGUUCGAGUCGAAGAGCUCUCGAGCCAAGGGCCUCGCUUUCCAUCCCAAACGACCAUGGAUUCUCGUUUCGCUGCAUUCAUCAACGAUCCAGCUAUGGGACUAUCGCAUGGGCACUCUAAUUGACAGAUUCGAGGAACACGACGGCCCCGUGCGAGGCAUCGACUUCCACAAGACACAACCCCUCUUCGUAUCCGGCGGUGACGACUACAAGAUCAAGGUCUGGUCCUACCAGACAAGACGUUGUCUGUUCACGCUCAAUGGCCACUUGGACUAUGUUCGAACCGUCUUCUUUCACCACGAGCUGCCAUGGAUCGUCUCGGCCUCAGAUGACCAGACGAUCCGGAUAUGGAAUUGGCAGAACAGAUCUCUCAUCUGCACCAUGACCGGCCAUAACCAUUACGCCAUGUGCGCCCAAUUCCACCCGAAGGAGGAUCUCGUCGUUUCGGCAUCUCUGGACCAGUCUGUUAGAGUAUGGGAUAUCUCUGGGCUGCGCAAGAAACACUCUGCUCCUACAUCAAUGUCGUUUGAGGAUCAGGUCGCCCGCGCGAAUCAGAACCAGACCGACAUGUUCGGCAACACCGACGCCGUCGUGAAGUUCGUUCUAGAAGGCCAUGACCGCGGCGUCAACUGGGUUGCGUUUCAUCCCACAAUGCCGCUCAUUGUGUCCGCUGGUGAUGAUCGGCUCGUCAAGCUGUGGCGCAUGAGUGAAACCAAGGCUUGGGAGGUGGAUACGUGCCGUGGCCAUUUCCAGAACGCAUCUGGCUGCCUGUUCCAUCCCCAUCAGGAUCUCAUUCUGUCGUGCGGUGAAGACAAGACCAUUCGCGUAUGGGAUUUGAACAAGCGCACAGCUGUUCAGUCCUUCAAGAGAGAGAAUGAUAGGUUUUGGGUCAUUGCUGCGCAUCCCGAGAUCAACCUAUUUGCGGCUGGUCAUGAUAACGGAGUCAUGGUCUUCAAGCUAGAACGCGAGCGUCCGGCUUCAGCGGUGUAUCAAAACCAGCUCUUCUACAUCACUCGGGAGAAGCAUGUGCGAUCUUAUGACUUCCAGAAGAAUACCGAGAGCCCUACCCUCUUGUCUUUGAAGAAGGUGGGACCAGCCUGGACUCCCCCUCGCACUCUAUCCUACAACCCUGCCGAACGGUCUGUUCUUGUGACAUCGUCGGCGGACAACGGAUCAUACGAGCUCAUCAAUCUCCCUCGGGAUGGUUCGGGAGCGAUUGAGCCCACGGAAUCCAAGCGCGGUCAAGGAAACUCUGCCAUCUUCGUGGCACGGAAUCGCUUCGCCGUAUUGAACACCUCCACCCAGACUGUCGACAUCAAGGAUUUGUCCAACAACACCACCCGGUCGUUCAAGCCUCCUGUCGGCACUAGUGAUAUCUAUUUCGGCGGCACGGGCAACCUGCUCAUAAUUACCCCUACCGCUGUUCACCUCUACGAUAUUCAGCAGAAGAAGAGCAUCGCAGAAUUUGCAGUCAACGGUGUGAAGUAUGCUGUAUGGUCUAACGACGGGCUCUAUGCUGCUCUACUGAGCAAGCACAAUGUUACCAUUGUGACGAAGACUCUCGAGCAAGUCAGCACCCUCCACGAAACGAUUCGUAUCAAGAGCGCAACGUGGGACGAUGCUGGCGUUCUGCUAUAUUCGACCCUUAACCACGUCAAAUACACCCUUCUCAACGGCGACAACGGUAUUGUCCGCACACUAGAUCAGACCGUCUAUCUUGUCCGAGUCAAGGGCAGGAAUGUGUAUUGUCUCGACAGGUCCGCCAAGCCCAGAAUCCUUCAGAUCGACCCGACAGAAUACCGCUUCAAGCUGGCACUUGUGAAGCGCAACUACGAGGAGAUGUUGCACAUUAUUCGCAAUUCGAGCUUGGUGGGACAGUCUAUCAUCUCUUAUCUCCAGAAGAAGGGUUACCCCGAGAUCGCACUGCAGUUCGUUCAAGAUCCGACUACCCGCUUUGACCUCGCUAUCGAGUGCGGCAACCUAGACGUCGCAGUCGAGAUGGCUAAGCAGCUCGACAAGCCUGCGCUAUGGUCUCGACUGAGCACUGAAGCGCUUGCUCACGGCUCUCAUCAAAUUGUCGAGAUGUGCUACCAGAAACUGAAGCAGUUUGACAAGCUCUCAUUCUUGUAUCUCUCAACUGGUGACCACUCCAAGCUUGCAAGGAUGGCCAAGAUCGCUGAACACCGAGGUGACUUCACUGCCCGGUUCCAGAACGCUCUCUAUCUGGGCGAGGUUGAGGACAGGAUACAAAUGUUCAAGGAAAUCGAUCUCUACCCGCUGGCUUAUAUGACCGCCAAGUCCAAUGCCCUCGAGGAGGAGUGUCAAUCCAUUUUGGAGGCGACAGGUUUGACGGAAGACCAGUUGACUCUGCCCCAGAUCGGACAAGGACUCACGCCGCCAAGGCCUGUUAUCCCCACGUUCAAGGCGAAUUGGCCCACUAAGGCUACAUCGCAAUCUUUCUUCGAGAAGGCUCUUCUUGGACAGGUCGAGGGGCUGUCCCUAGAGGAUGAGCCUGCAGCGUCCAAUGGAUUCGAUCUCGAGGAAGCUGCCGAUGACAGUGCUGCUAAGCGCAACGGAGUCCUUGCAGAGGCUGAUGAAGAUGAAGAUGCCGCAGGCUGGGACAUGGGCGAGGAUAUCGUUCCCGAGGUAGAAGGUGACUUCGUGAACGUGGAGAGCACUGAUGCUGGCGGUGCCGGCAGCAGUGAAGCGGACCUGUGGGCCCGUAAUUCGCCACUGGCGGUCGACCAUGUUGCCGGCGGCUCCUUCGAGACGGCCAUGAAUCUCCUCAAUAGGCAAGUCGGUGCAGUGAAUUUCGCACCGCUCAAACCCCGAUUUCUUGAAGUGUACCAGGCCACAAAGACCUACCUGCCUGCUUCUGCCGGUCUACCUCCUUUAAUCAAUUACGUCCGCCGAACUGUCGACGAGACCGACCCGAGAAAGGUUCUGCCCAUCAUUCCCAGAGACCUCGAAUAUCUCGCGUCGAACGAUCUGCAGCGUGGUUAUGAAGCCAUGAAAGGCAAUAAGCUGGAGGAUGGCCUAAGGAUUUUCAAGGGCAUUCUCCACGCUGUACUGGUCAAUGCUGUCUCAAGUGACAGCGAGGUGGCCGAAGCCAAGAAGCUAAUCACUUCUGCCAGCGAGUACACCGUGGCCAUGGCGGUUGAGCUAGAGCGAAGAAAGCUAGGUGCGCCAGAUGUUGUGUCCAAGAACCCUCAACUGCAGAAGCGGAGCUUGGAACUAUCGGCAUACUUCACCAUUCCCAAGAUCGAGGUUCCCCACCGCCAGCUCGCGUUGCUUAACGCGAUGAACCUAGCUAUGCGAAGCAAGAACUAUAACUCUGCCCUAAGCUUCGCCAACAGAAUACUGGCGAAUGGAGGGGCCAGCAAGAUUCUCGACAGUGCACGCAAGACCAAGGCUCAGUGCGAGCGCAACCCUCACGAUACGGUUGAGAUUGAGUUUGACCAAUUCGCCGAAUUCGAGGUCUGUGCAGCCAGCCACACCCCUAUUUAUAGCGGGACCUCAUUCGAGGAGUGUGCAUUUGACGGCUCCAAGUACCACUCCAAGUACAAGGGCGCAGUCUGCACAGUCUGCGAGGUAUGCGAAAUUGGCAAGCACGGCAGUGGCUUAAAGCUCUUCGCUUAA